AUGUCUUUCCCAGCUAUAUUGCGCAACCCUGGUAUCUCGGAUCGCUUUGCGCACUUGCGCGUGCCUCCCCGUGCCGCCCCGUCCCCUUCAGUCUCAGGGAAGCGGAACAGACGGGACGAUAAGGAGGGCAAGCGGUGGGUCCGGCGCAAGGAAAAUGCGCGGUUUGUGGGCAACGUUCACAUCGUCGCGCCGGCCAAGAAGGACUUCAGUGUCCCCAUCCCCAGCAGUCAGCCUACCUUUCCUGAACCGCUACCUAACUUCUUGUCGCGCAACAACCCUAUCCCUGCAGCCGUACCGACCGUGCGCGAGCCCGCUUCUGCCAAUGCUGGACGCUUCUCGUUGAGCCUCAAGGGCACGCGGCGCCAACUUCGCAACUCGGGGCCGCGCAUCGAGCUGCUCGUGAAGGAGCUCGAGGACGUGAUCCUCGACUGGCUCUCAACAGGAGGCAUCGUUCUCUCCCCUGAUGCAUCCGCGCCCCUUGACUUGCCGGGGAAACCCAUAGGCUCAACCGACGCAGUCUGGGAGGUAUCCAGGACGCCCCUACAGCUCGUCUGGAACGUUGAGGACAACGCUUUCACUCGCUAUGUCGUGCACUGCUGUGCGCGCUAUCACGAGGUGGUCAGCUUUAGCAAAGACACCUCCGGCCAACGCCUCACCUAUCUCCUCCGCCCGAACGUCACCCGGCCUACACGCUACGCAGCGCCUACACUCGACACCCCGCCCGUGACGGACCUCUCCGAGCUCUCCGCGACCGACUUGGACACCGAGUCUGAGAUCGUCUCCGACCGCGGCGACCUCUCCGAUGCCGAAGGCCCCUCAGCCCCUGCACCCUCCCACGCUCUCUCAGCGAUCGUGGAAGGCUCAGACGCCUCCGCCCCGGCGUCGCCUAGGCUCGUCCCCGUGCCGUCCGCCGCACUCGACUCGGACGGAUGGUCUGUCGUCGGGGAGUCGGACGCGGAGGCCGAGGGGGACAUGUCCGCGCCUGAGCCGGAGGGCGACCUCGUCGGAAGCGUCGCGUCGCUGUCCGUGAGCGACGCCGAAGGCGGAAUCGACUUGGAGCGGACGCCGCUCGCGGACAGGCGAAGGCAGGGCCCGGAUGUGCUCAGGUCGAGGCUGCUGGAGAGGCAGCGGAGGUCUGCGAGCUCGCCGUCGAGGUCCCCCGCGAGAAGGGCGCCGCCGAGGGCGAAGCAGCGAAUGAAUCCUGCUGUCCGACUACAACUUACAGGCAGACGGUCGUUUUAUGAUUACCUAUUCGCUUGA